AAAGCCUUUUCAAGUUUCCGCAAAGCGAUGUGGCCUUUGGGAGAUGGGGAAAGAUGUGGAUUUGCACGUUCCUUCGAAGGAAAUCCCACGUGUGCGGUAUCCAGAACAGCUCUCGCGUGAAUCCUUUGAGCGGGAUUUUGCCGCCAAGAGCGAACCUGUGAUCAUUGAAGGACUUGUUUCAGACUGGCCUGCAUUUGCAGAUCCUGAGAGAAACUGGCGUGGCUGCAGAUGGGACGAGUUCAUGGGCAAUGAGGUCCUUGAUGUCGGCUUCGACCCAUUGGAUGGACGUAUGAUGCAUUUCGGAGAUGAUACAGGUGAAGCCAAUGUGCUUUUCAACCCUGGACGGCUACGAAUGCCGGCCUGGGCCUUCUUGGAAGUGGCCCGCUUGAGACAGAUCAUCCUCCGUUUGCGACGUGAAGAAGGCAAAGUUGACCUCAAAAAGCAUGCAGACCUACACGGACGGCUGUCCAGAGAGGUGUCGGUCCAAAAUGUGCCCUUUCUUUCUGUAGAUGCAGAUUCACCGCUUCACCUCUUUACUCCAUUGACCUGCCAUAUUCGUGAUUUGAUGCCCUUGUCAUUCUAUCUCUCUCAUGACACCUACGCAUUGCCAGAAGAGUUGCAGAAGGACUUGGGUCCACAGGCCCCCAAGCUGAUUGAUGGAUGGGCCAGCCCCAAUUCUUCGCGCAUUUGGGCAACGAAUGGGGCGCCUUGGCGGGUGCCGUACCCACCAUGGUCUGAUCAGACGGUGCCCGAGCCCGGGGAGGACACGAUGAUCUACAGUUGCUUCCAUUGUGACCGAAUGGAAAACUUUCACUCUAUCCUGGCCGGUGAGAAGCAGGUGGUCUUGGUGCCGCCUGGCCAGCAUGAUGUCCUCAACUCGACAAGAUUUGCGGCACAAAAGCAGUGGCUUUUGGUGCCAAUGCCGGGACCCAGCAAGCCAGGGCAGUAUAUGGGCUCUACCUUGUAUACCUCGAAGCAAACGGAAUGCACCAGCGACCAGAGCGCAGUGCAUCCCUUUCGAUCGCCAGAGGAGAACCGCAAGGUCUCCAGAGGCCAAUGGCCAGACCAUGUAGACUUCCCAGUGCGUCAUGGGAAGCUUCGAAAGGGUGACACGUUGUACAUACCAGCCUACCAUUGGCACUGGGUUGCCACCUCGACGCCUCCAUCCAUUGGUGUAGAGGAUGAGGGUGCGUUAGCCUUGUCUGUAAACUUCUGGUGGUGGCCAAUUCACAACGACAAGGCAAUGGAGCAGUGGAGCUAUCAGAAUGAAUGUGAGUCAUUCCAGAAUGCCAGAAUACCUAUAUCCAAGCCAUCGCCUGACCGGGCAUCCCAUGCCGUGUCUUUCUAUCAGCUUACGAUGAAGCAGAGGCAGGAGGCUGCUGUGCCGAGGCCGUGGCCCACAGACCCUGUCCCUAGCCCUCAUGUGGCAAAGCCCAAGCAUCGAGACGGCUACGCCAAGAAGGCCAUCAAGUUCGAGUUGGUUGACUGAUGGCUGUGGUUCAUACGAGAUGACAAGUGCCGUCAGAGCGAGAAAAGUAUCCAUUGAUCUCCUCUGCUUCUGUGGCUGAAGCCAGC